GACACAUCAAACAUUUACACGUAGAUCACAUUUCAUACAUCUUUCCUUUGUUCUGAGUGCUGGAAUGUGCCCUUUCUUCGUGGUCCAGGUUUAAUGCUUUUCCGAAUUACGUCAUGUGGUCACUAAAUAUGAAAAUAUUCAUUAUAUUUUCCAGAUAAAUUAUUCUUUAGGUGCAUGACUUGUUCAUUGAGAGUUAGGGGAAUCUACGUCAGAGCAAUUUCACAAAGUUGUGUAGGAAAACCUGCUGCCAAAGCACAUUGUCUCUGUUUACCAAUGUACUGGGUGCCCUCUUCCUCACUGUCACACCCGACCUCAUUAACAUCCUAAGUGAAUAGUAAGUGAAAAAUAGCAGCCAUGCAUGAUUUGAUCACUAUUUCACAUCCUGGUGCAAAGGCCAGGGAGUGGAGCUGACCUGCCUGGCCACUAACAGUACAGCGUUAGCUAAUAAAGAGCGUGCAUCCACAGUUCACUGGGAGUCUGUCAUAAUCCACUUUUGAAAUAUGUUAAAACCGAGCGUGAGUUUCAAGACUGCCUGAGACAUUCUUUAUUGCCAUAUAAAAACUGAGAGGUGAUCUGAGGGAGCGUCAGUCGCAACACAGGCUACACAAAGAAGAGAAGUCGAGAGAGCAGCUGUUCCUCUGAAAAACAAACCCAGUAUAUUACAAAACAUGAGAGCCGCAUCUUACACCCAGAAGAGCCUGCAGGUUAGCGGCUCCAGUGGCAGAGUAAGGGUUCAGAGCCCGUCGCCUUCCCGAUGCCGUGGAUCCUCAUAUGACAGCCGUGGACGCUCGGGUUAUCGCGGCACAGCCAUCGAGUUGGGAACAGAGAUACACCAGCACCAUGCCAACGAGAAAGAGGAGAUGCAGGAACUCAAUGUCAAGUUUGCCGGAUACAUCGAGAAGGUCCAGGCACUAGAACAGAGAAAUGCUGCUCUCCAAGCUGAGCUGGCUGCACUGCAGAGCCGCUACAAGGGAGGCCCCACAGGCAUCGGAGAAGAAUAUGAGCUCAAGUUUAAAGAGGUGCGCGACCUGAUUGAGAGCCUGACUAACGAGAAGGGAGAAGCUGAUAUUGAACGAGGCUACAUCGAGGAAGAGGUUGAAGUGUGGAGACUAAAGCUGGAGGAGGAGCUGGCUCUCAAAGAAGAGGCAGAAAUGAUCCUGAGGGAGUUCCGCCAGGAUGUUGACAAUGCCACACUGCAGAAGGCUGAGCUGGAGAAGCGUAUAGAGCAACUGGUGGCCGAGAUAGAGUUCCUCAAGAAGCUGCAUGAUGAAGAGGUGGCUGACCUCAUGAGGCAGAUUGAGGACUCAAAGAUUACUGCAGAGCUGGACGGCGAUAGGCCUGACCUGGCUGCUUAUCUGCGUAACAUGCGUGCAGAGAUAGAGGCUGUUGCUGCCCGAAAUGUCAAAGAGGCUGAGAAGUGGUACAAGAGCAAGUUUGAUAGCCUCAAAGAGCAUGCUGGCAAACAUGAAGAUCAAAUGAAAACCAUGAAAGAUGAGAUCACAACCUUCCACAACCAAGUGACAGACCUGCAGAACCAGAUUGAUGGGCUGAGGGCUCGCAACGCAGCCCUGGAGCAGCAGCUGGAGGACAUGGAGAUUUCCCACAUGGAUAAAGUGGGGAGCUUCGAGUCUGUCAUUGCUCAGUUGGAGUCCCAGCUCUGCGAAACCAAACUGGAGAUGACCAAGUAUCUCCAAGACUACCAGGAACUGCUGCACAUUAAGCUCAAGCUGGAUGCAGAGAUCGCUACCUACAGGAAGUUGCUGGAAGGGGAGGAGAGUAGGCUUGGAAUUGCCAAAGAUGUCUAAAUAUCUGGGACGAGAGGAGCCGCAAGUCCAAAGCAGCCACGUAGAAGACCAGCAGAGCAUCGUUGAGCAGAGAGAUCAACUCAUUCUAGUCAAAAAGGACUUCCCUAUCUUACCCAUUAUUUCCCUAAUUACCCAUCCUUACUCCAAGUUCUGGGUAUUGUUUGAAAUGUUUCGAUACCGAUGCCAAUAUGACAACUGAGUUUCAGUACGGAUAACAAAACACCAAUGCAAACUUGGCAAUGGAUUUUGAAUGAUUGAAAGACUGAAGGAAAACCCAAAUGUGUUCUAGUGUCUAAGACAAACAAAGACUUUUGAUGCAAAUAAGGAAGAACCUGAACUAAAAAUAAGCAAACAAGAUUACAAAUUUGACCAAACAUUUGAUACCGGCUUUCUGUACUUGAUAGUUUUGGGCACUCAGUGGUAUUGACACAUUUCUCUCUGUACCCAAGAAGUAUUGAGGUUCAAUACCCAGCCCUAUUUACUCUGUUACUUACCUGCUUGCUUCCCAAUUCUUCAGUCUUUCUUACUUCACAUUCCUGCCAAUUCUCUUGCCUUUCCCUGACCAGCUCUGCCACUCUCUCACCUCCAGUUCUUGUUUCAUGGCAACCCUCAUGCCUCCUCGGCAAUACCCCUUCCCUUUACUCCUUUCCCUACAACACUCUGCUGUUAUACCUCUCUCACAAUUUCACUUCCCUUUCCUACACCUACUCACUUUUUGCCGCCACGGCUUCUCAUUUAGGAUCACACCUUCUUUGGAAAAAAAAAAACACUUUUGUCCUGCUGUGCAUCUCAACCCAAACAAAGCAGAACAAAUAUCAUUAGUGUGAAGACUGGUCUGUAGAGUGCCCCUUGAUUAUUCCAAAUGUUUUGACAAGAAGCAAAGAUUGACCAUUCACAUUGUCCAACUGUUACUUAAUAAAGAUUGAAGUG